AAAAGAAAGGGGUAGAGAUAUAAAGCCUUCUACUCCCUCAUUUUAGGGAGGGGGAGACUUCCGGCCCCUCUCUUCCUCAAAAAAAAAAAAAAGAAAAAGAAAGAAGAAGGGAAUUUUUAUAUAAUCAAUUAGGCUACAUUUCAAGAAGAGUACGAUAUGAGAUUGUGUGGGGCAAAAUUAAGCCGAAGAGUUGUGGCUGGGUUUAUUUAAACAGAACUAGGAGCAUUGUGGAUGGGUCUAUUUAAACAGAACUAGGAAAUCUCUUGCUUAUUGGUGUUUGGAAGAUAAACAUAAAAUGGCUGAUUACCGUCGUGGCAAAGCAGUUAUGGAAGCAGCUCUCGCUAAUCGUGGAACUAGCAAUGUCCCUCGUCCCAAACAACUCAAAGGCGACAGGAGUAGGCGCAUGUGGAGCGACCGAGAGGAAGAGGUCCUAGUUGCGGCCUUAAAGGAGCUUGUUGCACAGGGGUGGAAGGCCGACAACGGAUUUCGGGGUGGCUACCUUAAGAGGCUGGAGGACGCAUUACGCAGAGAGCUCCCUACAACAGAUAUUAAGGCUACCCCCAACAUUCAAUCUAAGCUCGGUGCCUGGAAAAAGUGCUACUCCACGCUGCAGACUAUACUUUCAUUGAGUGGUGUCGGUUUCAAUCUCAAUGGAGACUAUAAAAUGUUAUUUCAUCAGUGUGUUCUUCAUUUAAUUGUAGGAUUCUACAACUGUAAAAACUUGUUCAAUCAUGUGACAAAAGACUAAUGGGUCAACGUCAAAUUUAUUCUCAGAUUUACAAAUGUAUUCUCGU